CGUCGGCCCUGGGGCGGGGCGGAAGUAGGUGGCCGAGGCCUAAUAAAUUGGCUGAGGCUGAAGAAGUGGUUCCGUACACAACCCAGGCAUCUGAGCUUCCAGCCUCUGGGGCCUCAGACGUUUCAGGGAGAUGAACUGGGUCGGGGGAUCCCGUACCAGGGUUCUGAUCAAGCAGGAAAGGAGAAAGCAAAAGGAAUAUUUUGAAAAGAAAAGGUUAAAAUCAAAAAUGAAAUUACUGGGGGUUUUAUCCCCUGUCAAAAAUUCCACUGUCAGUUUAGACCUCCUUAAUUUGUAUAUGGUAAAUCACAUAUCUUGCCAGAAGAAAACACCUGAAACUGUGAGAAAACCAACCCAUGUGAAUAUGCAUAGAGAUAUAAAAAUGCCCUUAAGAAAGCAUGAUUUAGAACUUCCAAUGUCACCUCACUAUAUACCAUCUAAGCUCUGCAUUGAUGAUGUAGAAAACAAACUAGGCAACAAGAAAGAACUUGCCCCAGUUCAGUUGUCACAAGUAAUGGACUCAGAAAGAAUGUUUGAACCUCAGUUCAACAGAAUAGAAAAUUGCAGUUUUACUCCACCAUCCUUCGCAGCAGAGUUAUCUUCUAACAGAAACAUUACAAAACAAAAUUUCAUUCCCAGAACAGCACCUAGUCCUCAGAAAGUUGCAUAUGAAAAAAAGCAGGAUGAGCAGCUCAUUAAAGUUAAUUAUUCUAAUAGUUUGGUUUCCAAAUUAAAUGAAAAUCAAGAUGCUCUCAGUCCAUCAUAUAAAACAGCACAAUUUGGGUCAUUAUUCGAAAGAUUAAACAGUCCAAGAAAUAGGAAUUUCCUUACUGGAAGACCUGUUACAGUUAUGGGUGAAGAUUGUGGAAGCAUGAAUGAGCAAAGACAAACAGACUUUAUUACUGAGAAACAAUCAGUACAACCUAUUUGGAGAGAAAAUAGAAGAGAGGUUUCAAAUUUUCUUGAAGACAUGAACCAGCCAACAGCCAGCCUUAUAUCAGAGAAUUGUAACUCUUUUAUUAGUGAAAAUGUGAUCAAUUUAUUAAACGCAGAUCAACAGAGGAUAAAGAAAACCUUUGACAAGUGUGGUUAUGACAGUAUGGGAGAUAGUUGCGCAAACACAAGUUCUGAUAAAAAUCAUUCAGCUGGUCAAUGCAUUAGAAGUAUUUUUACAGAUCCAGAGUUGACUUUUAGUUGUUCGACUUUUAAUGAAACACAUUAUCCAGAGAGGUGUCAGCCAAACAAGAAGUAUCAGAAAGAGUACAACAAUAAUGAAAGAAAUACUUUUACUAUAUCUUUUAAGAAGGAUUGUUGUAUAGCCAGCUCUGAAAAUAAAGGAAAAUUUGAAAGUGAUUGCCAAGAGAAGACACCACAGAAUGAAAUCCAGAAACAUCCGGUGAAUUAUAUGGGUAAUAUCUCUUUGGAAGGAUUGCAUUCUAAUCCAUCAUGGGACUUGGGAUUUGGUGAGAUUCCGAUGGAAGAAGGAGGAACUUGUUCUUUAAAAGACAGGCCAACAUCUAAGAAAAUCUAUCUUGAUUCUUCACAGAGUAGUCAAUCUACCAGUUAUUCUCCAAGGCCAACAGAUAGUUGCUUCAGUUCUAGUUCAGAAAUGCUAUCUGAAGAAGAAGAUAAAAUAUCGCAGCACGUUGAAGAAUCAAAUAGGAGAGCCAUCAGAACCAGACAAAUAACUAGUAAUUUUUAUCCAGAAAGGAUGCCAAAACCUCCAUGUGAUGGAAUUAUUAAAAACAAUGCCAAAAUUCAUGAACAAAAUGAGAAUCUUCACCACCUCUCAAUGAAAGAUAAUACAGAUCGGUUUCCACAGUCUCAGUGUAAUUCAGCACACAAUUCGCAGAAUAUAACCAGUAAUAACUGCAUUCUACAGGUUGCAAGAUGUGAUGCAUGGGUCCAGACAGACAGUGAACCUGUAAUGGAAAAAAAAUUAGAUGCUGCCAUACAGUGUGAUAUAAUUUCAUAAUGUAAAUGUAGAAGCAAUGUGUCUUUGUAAUGUUGAAAGGUGCAGUGAAAAUAUUAAGGCAGAUACCACUGGAGGGCAGGAAAUCCUUAAGAACGACUAAUAUUCUAAAAUUUCAGCCUGAGUCUUAGCAUUUUACUUAAUGUUCAGAAUUUCAUUAACGUAAUAAGGAAUGAGAAUAUGUAGCCAAGCACAAGGUAAAAGUAUUUAUGGCUUGUUUUAAAACAUUUUAAUUUUAAUGUAUACAUUAAUUUUACAUAGAUAUUUCUUUAAACACAUAUGUAGCUAAUGUUCAAGAUAUACAUCUAUCUUCAAGUUUUGGAAAAAUACGUAUGUAAAUUUACUGUCUAUAAUUCUCAUGGUGAUUAUUAUGAUCUAUUUAUGGAUGAAGUAUGUUUAAUUGCCUCCUGCUGUGUUUUCUUUAUUUUCAAAUUCAGUGCAGUUGCUUCUAUUAGCAAAAAUGUUCUAAGAUUUUAAGACAGAAAAUAAUGCUAAACAGUGUCAAAUAUGUUUUGUAGUCCCAUAAGAAUUUUGUUAGCCGCUCAUAUUACAAAUUUGCGUAUCAUCCUUAUGUAGGGCUGUGCUAGUUUUCUCUGUGUUGUUUAAAUUUUAGUAUAUGUGCUGCUGAAGCAAGCACUGUUAGCUACUUAUAUUAAAUAUUAUACCCUCAUUAAAAUUAUGGCAUUCAUUUUUAGAUGAAAUAUAUUUUCUAACUACUUACAUUAAAUAUUAUACCCUAAUUUAAAAAUUCUGGCAUUUUUAGACAAAAUGUAUUUUCUGUUUUGUUUGGAUAAUGGUUUUUGUUGGUGCUUGUAUUCAAAGGAGAAUGUUUUUCUCUUUAAGCUAUAAAAAUAUGUCAAUGCUUUUCUAAAAGAAAUCUUCAACAUUAGAAAAAGUAUGUUUACUAAUUUUAAUAUUGCUAAGAUUCUUUUCAAAAAUAUUAUAUCAGAAUUUCUCAUUUAUAAAAUAUAGUCUUUGUUCCCAAUAUAACAUUUAUUUUUUUUGUCAAGAUUUUAAAUGUUUAUACUCUGAAAUCAACCAUUUGUAUGGAUGUAUUACAAAUUAUACAGCACAGGACAUUAUGAUAGGUAACUGAACCAAAAAUGUAGUUAGGAGUUUCUGUGCCUCUAAAGAAAAAGAUAAUGAGAUAUUCCAUUGUUACAUGCACACAUAUCAAAUCAGUAUUUUGUGCAGUAGGAGUGAUCUAAAGCAUAAUGAUUUAGAAACACUAACAGCUGAUGUUUAAAAGGUAGCAGUCUUCAGUUUUUAGCUAGUUUUAGGAAGUUAUUUUUGCAGGCUCGGGAAACUCAAAGAGCUCCUGAGUAAUUUUCUUAAGGUACAGUAAUCAUCUUCUGGAAGUAUAUUGGUAGUAUUUCAAAUGCCAGAUUUUCAUUGUGAUUUUAAACAAAGUAUUCUGUCAUGGAUUGAUUAUCCUGAGCAGUAUUUUGCAAAAUAGGACCCAGCAAUGAAGACCAAUAUAGAAAAAGAAGACCUUCUACCUGUGAUACUAGAAUAAGAUUGAGCUGUGAAUCUUAGCUUGGUUUCAAGUAUCAAAUACAUGGAUUUUUCCCAAGUACUAUGCUAAUCAAAGUCUAGCAGUAUUGAAAGCACAUUAAUGACAAAAAUCUACAUGUAGUUACAUUUUUGUCAAUAUCAUAAUGUGGCAGUUCAGCUCAGUAAGGUAAAAAGGAAUGUCAGGGCUUUUUAGUGCAGUGACCACACAUAGAAGAGGGUAAGGUACAGUGUAGUAAAGAAUGUAAACUUGCCCAAAAGAAGAUCUUCCCUUUGCUCUUGGCUUUGGGGAUGUAAUCUCUAUACCCUUGGAGUGUCCUACAUGCCUGAUAGAAAUGUCUUUGUUAGCUUGGGGACCUUGGACCAAGCUAGAUAGUAACAGCGUGAUUUAGAAUGAAACCUUAAAUCAAGCAGUCUCAGCUCAACUUCUUAAGGUUAGAAACUGAGGUCAGCAUGCCAUUCUGAUGUAGCCCCAGUAAAGACUCUGGACCCUAGGGUUUGGGUGAACUUUCCUGGUUGGCAGUACUAUAUGUUAUCAGACAGUGAUAUCAGGCAAGUCUAUGACUCCACAGAAGAGGUCUACUAGAAGCUCUUCAUUUAUUACUUUCCUAGAAUCUGUCCUGUGUGUUUCUUCCCUAGGCUGAUUUUAAUCUGUAUUCUUUCCCUGUAAUAAACUGUAAUCGUGACUAUAACAUCUUUCAA